AUGACAAGGGCACAUGCUCCAGUUUCUACUCCAACUACAACUCCAAGUCAUGGUCAGUCUUUAAAACCAUCACCUUCUGCUGUGGAACAGGAACGCUGGGAUGAAGAUUCUUUCCACGGACUCUGGGACACAAAUGAUGAUAAAGGAGCAAAUAUGGAGUACGAGUUGUGUAAGCAGGAGUCAGUGAUGCCUCCACCUGUCUCCUCGCCUGUGAAAGUACCCACCAUUCACACCUCUGUUCCAUCAGCUGUACCAGUGUCCCUUCCUCCAGUUAUUCCACCUGUUCCUAAAGCACCUGUAAUUCAGCAAACUGUGGAUUAUGGCCACGGGCGAGAUAUAACCACCAGUAAAGUGGAACAGAUUCCAUAUGGGGAGCGGGUGACGCUGCGUCCGGAACCUCUACCAGAGAGGCAAACAUUUCAAAAAGAGCACCCAGGUCGUUACAAUAGAGAAAGAGAUCGUGAGCCUUAUUUUGAACGUCAAGGGAAUUCCAAUACAGAUCAUAGGGAUUUCAAGAGAGAGCGGGAAUUGCAUAGAGACCGUGGUUCUGUGGACUACGAACGAGAGAGAUUUGAAAAAGAGCGGCAUCCCCGAGAUGAUAGGGUUCUUCCUACUACACCUUCAAGGACUCAGUCUUACCGUGACAAGAAAGACCAUCCCUCCUCCAGGCGGGGUGGUUUUGAAAGACCACCAUAUGAACGAAAGACAGAUCGUCCAGCAUAUGAUCACGGGCCUUCCAUGUUUGGAGGUGAUCGUAGAAAUUACCCUGACGAAAGGAUUCCUAUUUCUGCUCCAUCAAUGCCUCGUCAGCCACCACCAGCUCCACGAGUAGAAAGGAAACCAGAAUCUAAAAAUGUAGAUGAUAUUUUGAAGCCACCAGGACGGGAUAGCAGGCCAGAGAGGAUUGUUAUUAUAAUGAGAGGGUUGCCUGGCAGUGGAAAAACGCAUGUAGCAAAACUCAUCAGGGAUAAGGAAGUAGAGUGUGGAGGGCCUGCACCAAGAGUGCUCAGCCUGGAUGACUAUUUUAUCACUGAAGUGGAAAAAGAAGAGAGAGACCCAGAUACAGGGAAAAAAGUUAAAAAGAAGGUGAUGGAGUAUGAAUACGAAGCUGAUAUGGAAGAGACCUAUCGUACCAGCAUGUUUAAAACUUUCAAAAAGACCUUGGAUGAUGGCUUCUUCCCCUUCAUUAUCCUUGAUGCUAUCAAUGAUAGAGUGCGACAUUUUGAACAGUUUUGGAGUGCUGCAAAAACCAAGGGUUUUGAGGUGUACUUAGCUGAAAUGAGUGCAGAUAACCAGACAUGUUCCAAGAGGAAUAUUCAUGGACGCAAGCUAAAGGAAAUCAGCAGGAUGUCUGAUCACUGGGAGGCAGCACCGCGUCACAUGAUGCGCCUGGACAUUCGUUCUCUAUUGCAGGAUGCUGCUAUAGAGGAGGUGGAGAUGGAGGAUUUUGAUGCAAAUAUUGAAGAUGAGAAAGAAGAAGUCAAGAAGGAUACAGCAGAGGAGGAAGAAAGUGAACUGGGUUACAUUCCGAAAAGCAAAUGGGAGAUGGACACUUCUGAGGCAAAGCUAGACAAGCUGGAUGGUUUGCGGACUGGCGCUAAAAGGAAACGUGACUGGGAAGCAAUUGCCAGCAGAAUGGAAGAUUAUCUGCAGCUUCCAGAUGACUAUGAUACACGGGCUUCUGAACCUGGAAAGAAAAGGGUGCGGUGGGCAGAUCUAGAAGAAAAAAAAGAUGCAGACAGGAAAAGGGCCAUUGGUUUCGUUGUUGGACAAACAGAUUGGGAGAAGAUAACAGAUGAAAGUGGUCAUCUUGCUGAGAGAGCCCUCAACCGCACCAAGUAUAUAUGAAAAAAGGGGUUAAAUGGAAUUUUGUGCCUUUAAGGCCAUUUGCUCUGAGGAGAAGUGAACCAAGGUGUCAUGAGCAUCUUGCAUGGGUCAUGUCACUCCCACCUUCACAGUUUUUUGUUUGUUACUUUAGUUUAAACAAUUUUCUUGAGAUCUUGGCAGAUAACCGGUGCCCCCCAAAAAAACAACAAAUCCCGUUGCUCCUAAGUGAGAGAAACAGUUUACUUUUUAAUGUUUUUGGAGGGGAGGGAAGGGGAGGGCCAGUAGUUUUAGCUGCUGUUUGUGGGAUAAAGUGGAAGGAUUAGACAGAUGUUACCUCCACUGUACUGUCACAGAAUGUUUAUCACCUUUGCUUUGUGGCCGUUCUCGUUUUAUACUGUAUGUACCUUGUAGCUUAUUGUAUUAGGAAGCAGAACAAUAAAUUUCAUUAUAAACUCUG